AUAGAGGAGGCACUAGGUCUAGUUUUAGGCAAUCGAAGGAAGUGAUACGAACCAAAAUAUUUUAUAUUUCUUUACUAGAAAAGAGUCUAACUUGGCGUAAGGUUGAGGACAAUCAUGCCAAUACUCUACAGUGUAGUMUCAAGAAGUACUACUAUCUUGGCAAAGUUUGCUGCUUGUGCYGGAAACUUUGCUGAAGUCACUGAACAAAUUCUUGCAAGAAUUCCACCAGAUAAUUCCAAAUUAACAUACACUCAAGGAAGCUAUUUGUUUCACUAUAUAUCAGAGGACAGGAUAAUUUAUCUUUGUAUCACAGAUGAUAACUUUGAAAGAUCACGGGCAUUCCACUUUCUGAAUGAAAUCAAAAGAAGAUUUCAAACUGCUUACCAUGGGCGAGCUCAAACUGCAUUGCCUUAUGCUAUGAACAGUGAAUUUUCUCGAGUUUURUCAGCUGARAUGAAACGAUUUUCAGAAAGUUCAGAAGGUGCUGAUAAUCUAUCCAGAGUUCAAGGAGAACUUGAUGAAUUGAGAGGAAUUAUGGUCAAAAAUAUUGACAGUAUUGCAAGCAGAGGGGAACGACUUGAAUUGCUUAUUGAUAAAGCUGAGGACCUGAAUACUACAUCACUCACAUUCAAAAAGUCCAGUAAAGGCCUGGCCAGAGCAAUGUGGUGGAAGAAUGUCAAAAUCACCAUCAUUAUUGUUAUUGUUGUUAUCCUCAUUUUAUACUUCAUCAUAUCUGCUGCCUGUAGUGGUAUGGACUGGCAUGGGUGUAUAAACUCAAGUAAAAAGAAUUAGACAUUAAUGAUGCCAUGGUACUGUUGAAUAAACAUUUUGUACAUAGUAUUGUUAUCAUAGCUGGAGCGUAUCCAGGGGGGGGGAUCACAGGAUGCCCGUGACCCCCCCUUUCAAAGCCAAAAAAAACACGAAAAUCAUAGAUUGAUAUGACAUCAUAUUAACGUCAUAUGAUGUCAUAGUGAUGAUUUGGUAUGUUAGGAACUGGAUACGUCCCUGCAUAGAGUAAAAAGACCUGUAUAAAAGCCUGUCAAAAUACUUAGUAKGCUUCCCUUGAUACUUUGUAUUGACCAACUUCAAUGAGUACAGUAAGCUAAGAUAUGUAGUCCUUAGAGAUAAUCCCCUACCUGUGUGGUAGAAGGCCAGAAACGUGUUCAGUAACUAAGUAYAGGGAAUAAGAAAAGUGAAGCAAAAAUAUCAUAGAGAGAGAGAGAGAGAGUUGAAUUAACUUUCUGUUUGUCAUAAAAUAUGAGGAGAAGACAUGUAAAAAUAUAUURAUUCUGCUUGAUAAUAAAUUUUAAUGUUACUAGUGAAUCAUCAUCAUUAGCAGUAGAGUGUGCAACAUCAAUGCAUAAUGCAAAAUGAUUAUUAUGCCACAUAAUCCAUCAUUCUCAGCCUAAUCACUCAAAUUGACUCAAUUUAGUGCUAUUUAGCACUCUUUGRUUAGUGCUAUUUUCAUGAUUUUACAAUUGACAUUCAAGUGCUUGUUACUAUAAUAAUGAAUUAGCAUUGGUUGGCACUAAUAUGUUCCUGAACUGUUCACUAGUUUUUGUCAAAAUUUUCGUUUUUGAGAACACUUCACUAUGGAAUAAUAUGAUAUGUUUCAUCUUGAAAGAAAUUUGUUUUUUUCCCUAAACUUUUUGAUUUUAAUUAAGUAAAGAAACAUGCACUCAAUUGUGCUGAAAUUGAAUUUUUAAAUAAACUUUAAWUUUGCAUAAAUUCAUUAUUUGAACAAUAAAAAUAAAAGUGUA